AAAGGUAUAGUCAUUAUUUCUAAAUUUCACCCACAUUUUCUCUUAUUUUAGAUUUAGGUAAAGUGGAAGCAAAACCCUAACUUGCAGAAAACAGAGAGAGACAUGAGUAUUCGACCGUUGGAUUUGGUUACGCCAACUGAGACUUUAGAAAUAGAAAACGGACUCUCGCUUGUGCCGCGCCUGAGGUUGAACCUCACGGUGUUCCCGGCGAGCCCUUCGGUGACGAAACCCAUUGACGAGUGGAAGGUGAAGCGAACCUUAAUAGACUUCCUCAAGACCUCUCUAUCCGUCCCCAUCACCGUCCCUGAGGAAGAUCUUCAGAUCAAACGGUUCAAGGACCUUAAGAAACGAAAGCGUGAUGACCCUUUGGCUUUCGGCUCCCUCUUCAUUCGCGACCUUGGGUUUAUCAAGAAGAAUAAAGAUGAAGAAGAGGACCUGAAGGCCAUGGAGGAGAAGUUCUUGCAUUGGAGAAGGUACAUUGUUGACAAGAUGGAUGGAAUCGACUUGAAUAUCGAAGGCUUGAAGUUCAACCUAAACGUAGCCAUUCCGGCGUCUGAUGAUUUCCAAGGUAUGAAGAAAGAUUGGGAGGACUACUUCGUUUUUGGGAAUCGAGGGUAUUCGAGGGGUGGGAAGCAAGAGCCAGAUACAGUAGUUCUGAGGGGUGUUCCGUCACGGUGGUUUGCUGAGCCGCGGGUUUCAUCAAAGCCUUCCAUGCUGGUUACGCAUACCAUUUUUUCAACAUUUGGAAAGAUAAGGAAUCUUAAUGUUGCUGAGGACGAUGAUCUAGGUAAGGAUGCAAACGAGGAUGAUUCAGACAUAAUUUCAGGCCUUCAUUGUAAGAUUGUGGUUCAGUUCGAGAAGUACAAGGACUUCUACAAUACUUUAAAAGUAUUAUGUUGCCGCUCAUUGCAGAAGGAAGGAUCAAGAUUGAGGGCGGAUUAUGAAGUUACUUGGGACAGAGAUGGCUUUUUCCAAAACAUGAGAAAUAAAACACAGGAGAAAGGUGGGAUAAGAGAAAUGGCAGCAGCGCAUUAUAGAAGUGAAGCACCUAGACAUCAGCACAAACAGAUUUCACGUAUCAGUCCUGAUGAUAUGCGCCGAAAGAGAUUCAAGGACUAAGGAAUUUGAAUAAACAGAACAUCUGAAAUAUUUCUCGAGGAGCUGGAACUAGUGAAAGCGAGUUUAUCACUUAAGUUCAGCAGUACAUCACAACCAAGUCCUUGUUUUUCACUCACUAGCGAGUGUAUCUUUGUAACCUCAAUAGUCAAUACAUCACAACCAAAGACCUUUGUUUUUCACGAGCGAGUGUGUCUCUGUAAUACAUCACGACCAAGCCCUGGUUUUUCAUUGUUUAACUCGAAAUGUAAUAAUAAUUGGAUGUUUUAGGCCGCUGCUGGUAUAUUGUACGUCAAUACAUCACAACCAAAGACCUUUGUUUUUCACGAGCGAGUGUAUCUCUGUAAUACAUCACGACCAAGCCCUGGUUUUUAAUUGUUUAAUUCGAAAUGUAAUAAUAAAUGGAUGUUUUAGGCUGCUGCUGGUAUAUUGUACAAAUAACUAGCAGUGAUGUUGUAAUUUUGCAAAAAAAAAGUUCCAAUCUUUAUAAUAAGGUGAUAUUUAAGGUUUUAAA